GUGCAGACCCCAAGACGCGCCCGUCCUUCCUCGCAGAUAAAUCUAUGGAACCGGCCAUAAAGUAUAUCAACAAGAAGUUUCCCAAUAUUGACUUCAGAGGAAAUAAUCAUAAUCUGACCAUCAUCCAGCGACAGACUGAGAUUCUGGCGGGAACAGCAAACUACUACGACUCUUUCCUGGACGUCAUAGAGUUCAGGGACCAUGUUUAUGAGCUGCUGAAUGCCAUCGAUGCCUGUCAGUGUUUCUUUGAUAUAGUUUGGAACUUUGAAUUUACCAAAAACUAUUUGGACUUGAUCGUCGCCUACGCAUCUGUUAUCAUCACUCUUUCUCGCAUCGAUGAAAAGAAAGCUCUGGUGGGAAUGUUCAACUGUGCCCAUGAGAUGUCCAAUGGGAGCAGUGACCCCUCCUACCCACGGCUUGGCCAGAUGUUGCUGGAGUACGACCAUCCGUGGAAGAAGCUCACUGAAGAGUUUGGCCCCCACACAAGGUCUGUGACAUCAGCGUUGCUUUCCCUGAACAUGGUGUACCUUCGCAGAAACCUGCCAGCAGAGCAGUGGCGGAGCGCCCAGCUGCUCAGCCUGCUCAGCACCCCGGCUACCAUGAUGGAACCGGCCUGCUGCGACACCAUGACAUGUGAAUACCUCUCUAUGGAGGUGAUGGAGCGCUGGAUCAUUAUCGGCUUCCUGCUGUGCCACAGCAGUCUGAACAGCAACGCGGCCUCUCUGGAGCUGUGGAAGACGGCUCUCCGCUCCGGCCUCUUCAUCACACUCACCAGAGAUGAAAUGCUCAACGUACACAAGGUGUCCGAGGACCUGUUGGAUAAUAUCAAAGGAUACAGCAAACGAAUUGCAGACAUAAAGGAAUGUCGUGAGCAUGUUCUUGUCAACUGUGGAGCUAUGCACAGAGAAAGGAGGCAUUUCCUAAGAAGCGCAUUGAAAGAGUUGUGCAAAGUUCUGGAGGAUGAACCUGGACUGCUUGGACCAAAGGCGCUGUUUGUUUUCAUGGCUCUGUCGUUUUCCCGUGACGAGGUCCUAUGGCUCGUCAGACACUCUGAAAAUAUGCCCAAGAUAAAGACGCUGGAGGGCUACACCGACAACAUGAUGGCUGAAUUGCUGUUUCAUAUGGAGAGACUAAGAAUACUAAUAAGAAAGUACAACCAUGUGGUUCAGCGCUACCACGUUCAGUACCUGGCACAGUUUGAUGCACUGCUGCUAAAUGACAUCAUACAGACCAUGCCUGUUUGUCCAGAGGAGGAGUCCGUUCUGAUGAGCUCAUUUGUCUCAACACUGUCGGCUCUCUCAGUUAAACAAGUGGAAAAUAAAGAGGAGUUUGACUUCAGAGCACUUAGACUGGACUGGCUAAGAUUACAGGCCUACACGAGUGUGAACAAGUCCCCUCUUCCACUGAGGGAUUAUCCCGAUUUACCAAAGGUGAUGAACCUGAUCCAGUUUCACACCAGGAUGGUGGACAGCGUGGAAGAGAUGCUGCAUGAGACAUCUGAGCUUUCCAUCUUCUGUUUCCACCCCCGUGUGUUUGAGAAGAUGUUUCACCAGAGCAGCGAAGAGACGACUAUGAAGCGUUACCUCAUGGCCUUCCCUUCUGCAUGCCAAACCUUCGCUCAGUGCGCACACUCUCUCUGUCCAGAAGAGGCUGAUUCAAUGGAGAAGAAGAGUCUGCGUCUGUGUGUGACCUUCCUGGAGCUGAUGGCCAAGCAGACCAGCAGUGUUCUGUUGGAGAUAUGUGCCGAGCAGCGUAAUCUAAAUGACCAGCUGCUCCCUAAGCACUGUGCUGAGACCAUCAGUGCCGCUCGCUAUAGAAAGCAAAAGAAGCCGUUACCAAAAAGAGGAGAAGUCCAGAAGGAGAAGCCCGGCGCUGAAAGCCUGAGAAAAGACCGGACGGUGGCCACCAAUGUGGACAAGCUGCACCUGAUGCUGACGGAGCUCUGCUCCACCUACAGUCUCUGCAACGAGCUCCUCGUCUUUGACCACGCCAUCAUUCCCACGGAGUUCCUGGUUUCUCAGCUGGAGACACGCCUGACUGAAAUCAUCGUGAGAAUGGCCAAUUACAACCGGACCACCCAGGAGAUAACGCGUCCCUCUGACCUCCUGGCCGGGAUCAGAGCCUACACCGCCAAUCUGCACCGAUUCUCCAGCUACAUCAACAUGGACGUGACGCGGCUGGUGAAGAACGUCCUGCUGCAGCAGACGCAGCCGCUGGACUCCCACGGAGGCCAGACCAUCACCACCCUCUACACUAACUGGUUCCUGGAGGGUCUUCUGCGUCAAGCCAGCAGCUCCCUCACCGUCCACUGUCCCACGAUGCACUGCUUUCUCAGCCAGACAAGUGAAAAUGAACAAAGUUGCAAAGCAGAGGAGUUUUCUGAUGUGGCAGAGUUACAGGCCCUGGCAGAGCUCAUUGGUCCAUAUGGGCUGAAGUUUCUGGGUGAGAACCUGAUGUGGCACAUCACCUCUCAAGUCAGCGAGCUGAAGAAAAUGGUGACUGAGAACAUGGACAUCCUGGUACAGAUGAAAAACAACUUCGACAAGCCGGAGGAAAUGGUCAAUCUUAAAAAGAGGCUGACAGGUGGAGAAAACAUCCUUAAGAGGAUGACCAUCAUCGGGGUGAUCCUGUCAUUCAAAGCAAUGGUACAAGACUGUCUGAAAGACAUUCUCCACAAGCAUUGCCCGUACCUGAUGGCGCCCAUUAAGUGCCUGAAAGACUUCAUUUCCCCAGACGCUGAUAUCCAGGUAACUCUGAGUGUUUUUGAACUGGCUUCUGCUGCAGGGCUGAAAUGUGAAAUCGAUCCUGCCCUGGUCACAGCUAUUGCCAAAAUGCAGACAGACAACACCUCAGCCGAUGAAGAGUUCAAGUUGUCUUGUUUGCUGCUCGUCUACAUCGCCGUGUCCCUGCCCACCCUGGCUCUGGACCCCAACUCUAGCUACAACCGGCAAUACGGAGGCCACAACAACAACAUCCACUGUUUAGCUGUAGCGAUCAACCAGCUGUUUGCAGCCAUGUUCACAGUUCAGAAGAGGAACAUCGAGCAGCAGCUGAAGGAGUUUCUGCUGCUGGCCUCCUCCACUCUGCUGCAGCUGGGACAGAAUGUGGAGAGAGUGGAGAUCAAAAACCGAGAGUCCAUCUACCUGCUCCUUCACAUGAUUGUGGAGGAGUCUCUGUUUUUGAGCCAAGACAUGCUGGAGAGUUGCUUUCCCUACGUCCUGCUCCGAAACGCCUACAGGGAGGUGUACAAGUCCUUCAUUAUCACGAUGGGAUGAAGACUUUUUUAUUUAACUUUCUUAGUUAAAGACAGUAUUCUACUGAACAUGCAUGUGUUGUUUUGAUUGCAUUUCAUACAGGUCUCCAUACGUCCUAAUCAUGGCCUGCAAUAUUUUUAUUCCUGUUACUGAGAAUGAUUUAUGUACACAUAUAAACAGGGCUGCACAUAAGUGGGCCGCCAGAGCGCAUGCACCGUCAAAAUCCACAGUGCGCUGUCAAUCUUCUGCUGCGAAGCGCUUUUGCGUACCAACAGCUGGGGCUCACAUUAUUUGUUGUGGCCAGACCAGAAUACUAAUAUUAAAAAAUCUAUUGCGAGAGCCUUUCUCCAGAACUGCCACUCAAAGUUGGUACUGGCCAAUCACAGCGUGUCCUUACUCCCCCUCCAUGCUCGUGGCGGCGGUGGGUUGGGCAGGAAGAGAGGCAAGGAUCCAUCAUCACAAGCAGCCUUACUGAACAAACCCCGACACGUCUCGUUAAAAUGUCCAAGAAGCAAGCGCCAUUAAGUAAUUAUUUUGGCGUUCCACCACCACCAACUACAAAGAGACGCCAAACUGAACCACUACCCGAAUCGAACAGAAAACGUGUGUUCGCCGAGAAGUGGCUGCAAGAUGUUCCGCAGCGACGCGCACCGUACGUCGCGUUCCCGCGUAUCCUACCCCGUAAGCUCUGCGUUGGUGCAACGCGGAACCAUAAAUCAGCCAGUGUCCGUCACUGCGUGCAGCAGUUACCUGCGCCAGCAAGACGCUGCUCUGAUUAUGGCUCACAGUUUAUGAAAACCCCAAAUAAAAAAUAAAUUAGAGAAUAUUUUAUGAAAUCAAUAAACAAUUCCAUCAUCAAAAUUAUAACAAAUAAAGGUUCAACACAUCUUGCUUUGCAUGUAAUAAGACUAGGUAAUAUAUUAGUUUCACCUUUUAAGUUGAAUUAUUGAAAUAGAUUAACUUUUACACCAUAUUCUAGUUGAAUUAUUGAAAUAAAUUAACUUUUACACCAAAUUCUAGUUGAAUUAUUGAAAUAAGUUAACUUUUACACCAAAUUCUAGUUGAAUUAUUGAAAUAAGUUAACUUUUACACCAAAUUCUAGUUGAAUUAUUGAAAUAAGUUAACUUUUACACCAUAUUCUUCACCUGUAGCAAUAUUCUACACCUAGGCUGAUGUGGACAUACAGAGCAUAGGAGGCUAUUUCAGCUGCUAUAUGGUUGGCUGUCUGUACAGUCAUGCAAGUUCAAUGCUAUUAAAGAACACGUUUUUUCAUAUAAAAUAAACACAUUUUUAUGCAGUUUAGAAGUUUUGGGGCUUUUUUUUGGCUCCUGCGCUGCUGAAAUCGGGGCGUCCCUUAUUUCUAUUUCUGAAAGUUGGCAACCCUAGGUGCAAAAUAUGCCAUGAGCAUCCCAAUCUGGCCGAUAAAAACUGUAACUUUUAUACUGACUCUACAGACUAACACGCACCAUAAUUUGUUAAUUCAUCUUUAUAAGUGAAUAAAUAUCGUUUUGCCUAUAACUUAUUCCUGCAUCCCUCUUUUAUCGAUCCGGCGAGACGGGUGACCGCGUUUUUGGAGGCCCAAGUCACAUAUCCAGGGGCUCCUCUGAGCACCAGACCAAAAUAAUUAUGUGCAGCCCUGCAUAUAAACCAAAGAUCCUCUCUCUGUUUUUAAUGACAUUUAUGGUGUAUAAUCACCAGCGUUAUAGAUCUUAUUUACAUCUGGUGUGAUGCUGGUAAUGUAAGCUUAAAUCAAUAAGUCUGGCACAUAUUGCAAAGUCUCUUUUAUUCUUUUAAUAUCAGCACUCGUCAACCCGUUGGCACAUAAAGAAAACGAAGCGUUACAGUGGAAGCUGGUGAACAAAUUCAUGUAUAUCUUUACAUACAGUACGGAUCAUACAUAAAAAGGAGGCAAGAGAACACACCAAUGGACACUUUAUCAAUGCAGGAUUAAUUCAACUUAAAGAUAUUGUUGAGUUACAGACUAUUAGUUAUGUUCAAGGCAAAAGGCAGAAUAUUGCCUGAAAAUAUACAACGUUUUUUUGUGAUUAGUUCAGAAAAUAAGGACCAUAGGAGGAAAUUUGAUUUUAAACACCCGUUUGCACAAACUACUUUAAAACAAAAGUGUAUUUCAGUAUGUGGUGUACAAUUAUGGAACUCCUUAACAACUGAUUUAAAGGAUUGUAAAAAUAUUCACCAGUUAUAUAAAUUGUAUAAAGGCAACAUAAUCAGACAAUAUGAAUUUAACGGGUAAAAUAUAUUUUGUUGUUUUUUUGUUUUUGGUGUUGUUGGUGAGUUAUUGUGUAUGUUUUCUUAUUUUUUGUUUUUUUUUGGUAUUAUAUAAGCAGUGACUGUUGAACAGACGGACAGACCAUCUUCAUAUGUAUUUUUUUUUUGAGAAAGGGGCUUGUAAUAUAAGGCUUUCUUCUUCUUGCCCCCCUUUUCAACCAUUUCCAUGAUACGGAAUAAAUAAAAUUGAAAUGAAAAUGAAAAAAAAUUGUGUAAAAUUGUUU